AUGUCCGCUAUCGAAGUCACCGCUGACGCCGCCUCCACCUGGGACUGGCCACUCCAGCACAACGACGGAGUUGUCAAGGUCCACAACACUAAGGAAAAGUUCGAAGUUGGACUCGAUGUCCAAUUCUUCACCCCAAAAGAAAUUGAGGUCAAGGUUUCCGGACAAGAGCUUCUCAUCCAUUGCCGUCACGAGUCCACAAUCACAUUUUCUUCAUUCCAGACCCGCAGCGACAACCACGGAACUGUUGCCCGCGAAAUCAACCGUGCCUACAAACUUCCAGAUGACGUCGAUGUCUCCACCGUCAAGUCUCACCUCGCCACCCGUGGAGUUCUCACCAUCACCGCCGCCAAGAAGGCCUAA